AUGAGGAAUGGUAAGACAAUUAGGGGAGAGGCAUUGGUGAAAGAUGAUGUGGUGGUUGAUGAUGAGAAAAGGAUUGAAGAACCCAUCGCUGUUGAUGAAGAAGUGACUCCAAAGAAAAAGCGGGCUAGUAUUGAAAAGCCCAUUGUUGUUGAAGACGGUCCGAAAAUUAAUGAAACCUCAAAAGAUGAUGGAAAGUUUCUCAAGUUUAUUGAGAGGUUGAAAGGGCUUUCAAUUAACAUCCCUUUAGUGGAAGCACUUGAACAAAUGCCCGGUUAUGCAAAAUUCAUGAAAGAUCUUGUGACCAAGAGGAGACAUGCUAGUUUUGAAAUGGUGGGAGUUACACAUCAUUGUACCUCUAUUGUGACAAAAGCCUUGGUUCAAAAGAAGGAAGAUCCGGGAGCUUUCACCAUUUCUUGCACAAUCGGGGUGUACAAGUUUGCUAAAGCAUUAUGUGGUCUUGGAGCAAGUAUCAACUUGAUGUCGCUUGCUAUCUUUAACAAGUUGGGUUUGGGCACUCCUCGACCCACAAUAAUGAGAUUGCUAAUGGCGGAUAGAACCGUGAAGAAAUCGGUUGGUAUCCUCUAUGAUGUGCUUGUGAGAGUAAAUCGAUUCAUUUUUCUGGUUGAUUUCGUUAUCUUGGAUUGUGAAGUUGAUUUCGAGGUGCCCAUAAUCUUGGGAAGACCUUUCUUGGUCACAGGGCAUGCUCUUGUAGAUGUGGAGAGAGGUGACCUAAAAUUUAGAAUGAAUGACGAAGAAGUCGCUUUCCAUAUUUGUAAGUCAACGAAACAACCGGCAGAUAUGAGUGUUGUGUCGGUUAUUGAUACAAUUGAUGAAGCCAUGGAUACAACCGUUGAGCAUAAACACGUGGGUGAUAUGUUAGCGGCGGUGAUAAUGAACUAUGAAGGGGAAGAUGAAGAAGAGUUCGGGGAGACGGUUAAUGCAUUGAUUGGGUUGGGGUCAUACCACUACAAUCCAAAGAAACUUGAUAUUGAUUUAGAACACCGAGCAACUCCUCCUGCAAAGACCUCCAUUAUUGAGCUUCCUACUUUGGAACUCAAACCUCUUCCUUCACACUUGAGGUAUGAAUUUCUUGUUCCUAACAACACGUUGUCCAAGAUUAUUUUCGCCCGGUUGAUGGAUGAGUAA